AUGCCGCCUUCGGGGCUGCGGCUCUUGCCGCUGCUGCUGCCGCUGCUGUGGCUGCUAGUGCUGACGCCUGGCCGGCCGGCCGCCGGACUGUCCACCUGCAAGACCAUCGACAUGGAGCUGGUGAAGCGGAAGCGCAUCGAGGCCAUUCGCGGCCAGAUUCUGUCCAAGCUUCGGCUCGCCAGCCCCCCGAGCCAGGGGGACGUGCCGCCCGGCCCGCUGCCUGAGGCCGUACUGGCUCUUUACAACAGCACCCGCGACCGGGUGGCCGGGGAAAGUGUCGAACCGGAGCCCGAGCCAGAGGCGGACUACUACGCCAAGGAGGUCACCCGCGUGCUAAUGGUGGAAAGCGGCAACCAAAUCUAUGAUAAAUUCAAGGGCACCCCCCACAGCUUAUAUAUGCUGUUCAACACGUCGGAGCUCCGGGAAGCGGUGCCGGAACCUGUGUUGCUCUCUCGGGCAGAGCUGCGCCUGCUGAGGCUCAAGUUAAAAGUGGAGCAGCACGUGGAGCUAUACCAGAAAUACAGCAAUGAUUCCUGGCGCUACCUCAGCAACCGGCUGCUGGCGCCCAGCGACUCACCGGAGUGGCUGUCCUUUGAUGUCACUGGAGUUGUGCGGCAGUGGCUGACCCGCAGAGAGGCUGUAGAGGGUUUUCGCCUCAGCGCCCACUGUUCCUGUGACAGCAAAGAUAACACACUCCACGUGGAAAUUAACGCAGGGUUCAAUUCUGGCCGCCGGGGUGACCUGGCCACCAUUCACGGCAUGAACCGGCCGUUCCUGCUCCUCAUGGCCACCCCGCUGGAGAGGGCCCAGCACCUGCACAGCUCCCGGCACCGCCGAGCCCUGGAUACCAACUACUGCUUCAGCUCCACGGAGAAGAACUGCUGCGUGCGGCAGCUCUACAUUGACUUCCGGAAGGACCUGGGUUGGAAGUGGAUUCAUGAACCCAAGGGCUACCAUGCCAAUUUCUGCUUGGGGCCCUGUCCCUACAUCUGGAGCCUAGACACUCAGUACAGCAAGGUCCUGGCUCUGUACAACCAGCACAACCCGGGCGCGUCGGCGGCGCCGUGCUGCGUGCCGCAGGCGCUGGAGCCACUGCCCAUCGUGUACUACGUGGGCCGCAAGCCCAAGGUGGAGCAGCUGUCCAACAUGAUCGUGCGUUCCUGCAAGUGCAGCUGAGGCCCCGCCCCGCCCCGCCCACAGCCCCGCCCACCCGGCAGGCCCGGCCCCACCCCCGCCCGCCUCACCGGGGCUGUAUUUAAGGACAUCGUGCCCCAAGCCCACUUGGGAUCGAUUAAAGGUGGAGAGAGGACUGGGUCUCCGUGUGUUGGGCACCUGACUGGGGUCUUCCUUCGGACGUUACCGGACCCCCAAUCCCAGCCUCCACCUGCCUCCGCCUGUGUCUGUCCACCAUUCAUUUGUUCCUCCUCAUGCAAACGCAUCCUGAGCAGGUACUCCUGGUGAACUCUACUUAGAUUUACUUACUGAGCAUCUUGGACCUUAUUCUGAAUGCCUUAUAUUAAUUAACUCAUUUAACCACCAUAACAAAGCUAAAAGGGACUCUGAUAACACCCACUUUAAAAAGGAAACGGAAGCUGGAGUUUCCAUUGUGGCUCAGUGGUAACCUACCCGACCGGUAUCCUUGAAGACACAGGUUCAAUCCCUGGCCCUGUUCUGUAAGUUAAAGAUCCGGCUGUGCCGGGAGCUGUGGUAUAGGCCGGCAGCUGCAGCUCCAGUUUAACCCCUAGCCUGGGAACUUCCAUAUGUCUCAGGUGCGGCCCUAAAAAGACAAAAAGAAAGGAAAAGGAAGCCCAUAGUGGUUAAGGGAAUAAUUCCUGCCCACCAAGAACCUGCUUUCGGCUUUCUGGUGGGGAGACAGACAUAGCAAAGUUGUGUGAAAACAGGAAGGCAGCGUGAGUCAGAGAGGGCUUUGGGAGGUGGGAGGGCUUCUUGGAGGAGGUGGCACCUGGGCCUUGAAGGAAGCCAAGAAAGCAGCCUGGGGGAGCAUGGGGGAGGGUGUUCAUGGUAGGAGGACAAAAGCAAAGUCCUGGAAGUGAAGAUGAAUUUGGGGUGAGCUACACAGGCAGGAAAGAGGCCAGUGCAGUUGGAAGGGAGGGGCAAGGGGAAAAGUGUUGGGAUCUGAGUCAGAAAGUAACACUCACAGGCCAGAGAGUAAUAACAGUUCUGCAGGCUAGGUAUGGAGCUACUAGCUCAAGGCAUUCUUCCCACAGCCCAGCAGAGCAGAGGUUGUUAAACUAUUGCCUGCAGGCACAUUCUGACCCGCUGCCUGUUUCUGUAAAUAAAGUUUUAUUGGAGAACA